AUGUUUGCCACUGACAUACCAUUAUCAGCGUUUGAGAAUGAGCACUGGGAGAAUUUUUUUAAAGCUCUUCGACCCGCAUUUAAAGUUCCAUCUACUUAUUGUUUUUCUACUCCACUUUUAAAUGCAGAGCAUGAACGUAUUAAGACAAAGUGUGAAGAGAAAAUAGAAGAGGCUACUAGUGUGUGCAUAUUGACAGAUGGGUGGUCUAACAUUAGAGGAGAAAAUGUUGUCAAUUUUGUUGUGACUACCCCGGAACCAGUUUUCAUUGAAGCUGUGGAGCCAGGAGAAGAUAGAGAAACUGGUAAAUGGAUAUUUGAUGCCAUUGAAAAAGUAAUAAAAAAAUUUGAUUCCAAAAAAGUAAUGGGGGUGUGCACUGACAACGCAUCGUCUAUGAAGCUAGCACACAAUUUAAUAUCAGCAAAAUAUCCUCACAUUUCUUGCUAUGGCUGUGCAGCCCAUGGACUAAAUCUUCUCGUAAAAGACAUUCUAGGAAAAGUAGGAAAAUUUAGCAGCAUAUUGAAAAACUCCAAGACUAUUGUGAAAGAUAUAAAAAAUCAUCAUGUGCCCCAUGCAAUUUUCAAGAAGAAACAAAAAAUCAAAUUUGGAAGUGGAAAAGGAAAGUCACUUAAAUUACCAGGUAAGACCAGGUGGUCUGGUACAACUGAUAUGCUCAAGUCCCUUCUAGAAAAUAAAUCUGUGCUUCAAGAAACGGUUAUUGACCAACGGGUUUCUGUCAGUAAGAAAGCAAAAACAACAGUGUUAGACGAUGACUUCUGGGAUGCUGUGAAAUGUGGCUGUGAUUUGUUGUCUCCAAUAACUGAUACUAUUACUUACUUGGAAGGAGAUUCAGCUAAUGUUGCUGAUGUUGUAACUGCUUUGGCUAAAAUGAAGACUCAAAUUUUAAAUGCAGCAGAAGAUUUUAAUAUGCAUGACAUGGUCAGAGUGGAAGAAUUAGUAAAGAAAAGAUGUGUAUUUAUAGUAAAACCUGUACACCUUGCUGCUAAUUUGUUGCAUCCUAUUUACCGUGGCAAGGUAUUAACUCCCAACCAGAUACAACUAGCAAUAACAUUCAUAAGUGAAAUGUGCACGCAUCUAAAUUAUGACUGUGGACUAGUGAUAAGCAAUCUUGCUAGGUUUAGAAACAGUGAAGGUAUUUGGGCAGUAAAAGAAACAAACACAGGUUCUUUUCACAGUAUUUGGUCUGCUGCAAACCACUGUACGCCCUCAUCUUGGUGGAAAGGUAUAUGCGCAGAUGAACCUCUCUGCCCACUGGCCUGUAGAAUUUUAUCCCUACCUGCCUCAGCCGCUGCUUGUGAGCGGGUGUGGUCAGGAUAUUCUAAUACCCAUACCAAAAAGAGAAACAAACUUGCAGUGGAAAGAGUUACCAAAUUAGUACAAAUAAAAAGUAAUUUAAAACUUUUUAGUAGUGUUUCUAGUGGUGAUAAACCAAAGAUGAACUGUUGUACUAUUGAAGAUGGACUGAUAUUUGAUGUUGACAUAAAUGAUAGAGCCAUUGAAGAAGAUAAUGAUGCUGGACCUGAGGGGAAUGGAGCCAUUGAAGAUAAUGAUGCUGGAUCUGAGGGGAAUCAAUCAGAUUCAGAAAAUGAAAGUGCUGCCUCUUCAUAUAACAGUGAUUCUGACUCAGUUCAAAGUGCAAGUGAAAGUGAAUGUUCCACUCUGAGUGAAAGUGAUGAUGAUUAG